GUCUGUGUUUGGUAUAUAAACAUGACGAAUUUAUGUGAAUCAGUCUGUUAGCCUCAGUGCGGUCAUGGGAAUUAAUUUCAACAAUUUCUCACAAAAGAUACAUGAUAGCUUUAUCUGUCGUGCACCACCGUUGUUUUUGCCGCGGAGAUGCUUAUAUCCAUGGUAACGACAGAUGUCGCUUUACGAGCUGGGCACAGGAAGAACCAAAUCCUCAUGUAUAUGGUAAGAAUAUAAUUUACCUGUCUCGAGCAAGAACCAGUGUAUCUGGAGAUACAGGUGGUGAGAAUAGCCUCCUCUUUUCCCCAUCAAUUAAGGAAAAGGAGAAUAACUGCCUGAUGACUAAUAAAGUAAGUAUUAGAUUUAAUGAGAUAGAGGGACAAAGAUGAGAACAAGACCAGUACAGAACUCAUUGCGAUGAAAUACACCGGUACCAUUUAUCACCAAAAUCUCCUUAAGGCCAAAGUCUAUUCUAGAGUCUUCAUUCCUAUAAUGUAAUGUGGACGGUCAGCUCAGGUAAACACCUAGGACAUUGUCCACCAAAUUACUCACCAUUUCACCUGGUCUACCUGGGCAUACUCAUGCGUAUACUAUAUUCUCCAUUCAUAAGAAAUAGACAUCGUUUAGUGCUCGGCUUGGUCAAAGUCCCUUGCUGCCAAAAGGUAUGACACUGUCAAAUCACUGCACUCUGUCGCAAUUAACGAAAUUUAAUACUUCACAUUGUUAAUUUUGAUAUAUUUUAUCAAUUUAUACAAUGGUUCGCGUUGUUUCAGAUUCAUGUAAUUUAAUAUUUAAAGCAAUUAAUCAUGUCUCUAAUUAAUGUCCCGGGAACACUUCAGGUUCACGCAGUAAACGCCUUGUUCAGAAGCCAUUUAAAAAAAUCAUAAUACUUUGCAUGUCGUACGAAAUAAAAUUUUAUUAUUCAGAAAAAUAAAUUCAAAAUUAUCAAAGACCUGUGAAAAAUAUUAUCAAAGUAAUUUUAUUUGAUAUCUUUAUCAAAGAAUCGAACUUACGGGCCCCUUGUGAUUGGAUACGAUUCCAAACGUCCGAACUGUUUACAUAUUUUGUCUACCAACUUUAGAAUAGCGCAUCCCAGCCGUCGCGGAUUUUCAAAAACACGUAGAUCUCAAUCCGAAUGAAAUUUAAGUCACUGGGGAGGUUCCAUGUGCUAGCGACGAUAGCGGGCGCGUGGAAGGCCGCCAACCUAACAUCGCUGUCAGUCAUUUGUAGACCUCCCUAUUGAAUUAUCUUAUCAAUAUUCUGCCCCUUUUAUACAACGUGUAUCACCGCCUAUACAACCUAUAGCGUGAAACACGAUAGGUAUUCAGAGGAAGAAAAAAGUCAAGAAUAAAAAUGAGAGAUGGAGGGGUUACGAGAAAAAAAAUACGCACGCGCCGGUAUUGACAACUGUCAAUUAACACGAGACAUGUUUCGAUAUUAGAGGACUCGAUUUGGUAUUACCGCGAAGACAAGCAUCUUAAUAUUUCUAUGUAGAGACAUAUACGCCCAGCAUUCAGUUUCAAAAUUUCCGUUCUGUAUUAAAGGAAGUGAUCAUCGGCAUGAUGUUUCUCUUUGAUUUCAGGGGACGGCAGAGCUGCACGUUUUCGCAGAUAUUGGGAUUUAUUAAAUGUGGACAAAGUACUUAUACUGGAUAACUGUGAAUCGAGGAAAAUUCUGGAUUGUGGAGAACUAUUGAUAAUGAAGGACUCUUUACAAGAAUUAGAAAUAUACAACAGGUGACACAGAAAAGUGUUCAUUUCACGAUUGAAAAGAAAGAAACUGGCUUCAAUCAAUCUCGUCACUGUGUUAGAAUAUGGCCAAAUUGACACUGCACGUCUUAUCAGUGAUGCAGAUACUGUUUUUUCUACCUCCGGCGCCUGGAGAGCGAUUUUUCCAAUUACGAGAUCAUUCGGAUCAAAAUAAAUACCUUCGAGAACAACAUAUGACGAUGAUCCACAAUAGGAAAGAGGCCGAGAUUCAGCUUGAGAAGUAUGGCUAUUUAAAAUGUCGGGUUCGACGAAGACGUCGAUCCGCUCUAAUGGACGUAUUGGAGGGAAUGCACCCUUUGUCCGACAAAGAGGUAGAGGAAGAUCUUCCUCUAUGUAGUAAAUCUCAAGUCAACACCGCCAUUAGAGACUAUCAAAUCAAAUAUAAACUUCCGGUAACGGGAAUUUUAGAUGACGUCACAAGGAAAUUCAUGAGUACGUCACGAUGUGGUAACGCAGAUAAGGAUGCACCGGAAGAUCCCGCACUGCCAGGUGUCUUCGAGGAAAAUGAUGACAAUUUGUAUAAUUCCAAUUCUAAAAUCUCAAUCAUGGAUUCUGUUAACAGACGGCGCUGGCGUAGAAAUGCCAGAGACACUGUGUUGAUGAAUGUGUUAACUAGUGAAUCUGUACGGCAUCAAAAUAUGUUAAGACGGACGAAAUAUAUCAAAGAAUAUGCUGAAAAAUACAAAAUCGAUCUUUUAAAACCUUAUACUGUUGAAGAGCGACAAAAACGUUCAGUUAUAGCUCAUAUUAGAAAUAACUCAUUAAAUGGUGAACCCGUAUGGGACGGGCAGAAAUUUACUAAGAACUAUAUCCGGUGGCGCAUGUUAAGGGACGGAUUCAGCACGCGCAUUCCGGUGGAGGAGCAGAGGGCCAGUUUGCAGUUAGCAUUCAGAAUGUGGAGUGAAGUGAUCCCUAUUAUCUUUGAGGAGGACAAGACUGGAGAUAUUAACAGGGUCGAUAUAGAGAUUGCAUUUGGAAGAGGUUCCCAUCAGAACUGUGGACGGAAGUUUGACGGACACGGUGGAGAGAUCGCUCAUUCCUGGAGCGGGAGAAAUGUUCAUUUUGAUGACGAAGAAGACUACAAGUCCAUCGACACCAUAUCCAAGGAUGGUAUUUACUUGCUGCGAGUAGCCGUGCACGAGAUCGGGCAUGUACUUGGCCUGGCCCACACGGACAAGGGUUACUCAAUCAUGUACGCCAUUUAUCAUCAAAAUGUAGUCCCUACAGCGGGCUUCGAAUUAGGAUGGGAGGACCGGAAGUCCGUGCAAAAGAUUUACGGUGUAUGCAAAGGUCGAUUUAAUACGAUCUUCGACUGGGUCCGGAAAAAGCCUGACAGUACUUUCAUCUACAACACCUACAUCUUCCGGAAGAAUCACUACUGGAUGUACGAGAACCAUGCCAACAGAACGCGCUACGGUGACCCCCUAUAUGUGGCCCAAGAAUGGAAAGGAGUUCCGAACUACGUGGAUGGUUAUGCGCAUGUGUGGUACUACGCGGGAAAACUUAUCACUGAUGCAGCGUACUUUUUUAAAGGUGAGCAUUAUUACAAAUACGACAGCGAGAGCGACCAAGUGUAUGAUGGAUGGCCGCGACUAAUAACAGAAGAUUUUGGACCUAAACCUGAAGAGACUGAGGGAAUUCCCCCAAAUAUCGAUACAGUGUACUUUGACAUGCGUGACAGAAAUCUAUAUUUCUUUAAAGGUGACAUGGUAUAUGUUUAUGACCCCAAAGUACCAGACCAAUCAAAGGGUUGUUGCGUGCGCAAACAGAAGGUAUGGAAGGAAUUUCCACCUGCUGAGGGGGAGGACCCCCUGCCUAGCGAUCUAGACGCUGUGUACUUCUCUUAUAAUGAUAAAAAAAUCUAUUUCUUAAAGGAUGAAACAGUUUGGGAAAAUGUGUUGUUCAACCCAAGGCAAAAAAAAAUUAAAAACUCUGUGAAAAAAAUCGGGCCGUGGUACCAGAAAUGGUAUGAUGUAUGUGACGUCAGAAAAAUGGACAAACCACCUGACGGAACAGACAAAACGUAGUUGUGACGUCAAAUCAGCUCAGAAAUUGAGUGAUUAUUUAUUUACACCAAAUUUUUGCUUGGAAAGACGGGCCUAGCUUUGUUCCUGUGCGACAAAUCAAUAUCGGAAAUGGAAGUAUGCUGUGUUUCAGUGCUGGGGUUACUAUGCAAAACGUUACUGUGACAGCGUUUCCAGGCAGUAACAUAUGUUCGCGCAGUCUCAUUGGUUGAUCGUAUAUUUCUCAGCCCAAAACUGUAACCAACAAUCUGUGAGCAAUCGUUAGCUCAUCUGGAAACCCCCAUUUUAUUUGCAGGUAGUGAGUCGGCUUGUUUUUUAUUUAAUUAUUUCUAUUUUCCCGUUACCCGUACAGGUAGAGAGUGGGCUUGUUUUUAAUCUAAUUGUGUCUAUUUCCCCGUUAUCCGUACAAAGCUGACAUCGUAUCGAGACACAUGAUAGAUGAUGGGGAAAUUCUGAGAACUCACUUGAAUGCUUGUGAAAAAGGAACUCUUUCAUUAAGAAAGACGCGAAAUGCAAGGUACAAGGAACUCUUUUGUAAAGAAAGACGCGAAAUGCAAGGAACUCUUUUGCAUAUAUGGGUAUCCAUGAUACUAAUGUGAUAUAUUUAAAUUAUUUAUGUACAACACAUUCCCAAGUUGUUUUGAAACCUCUUCAGUUGUAAACUACAUGUUGUCAGUAGGUAGACUAUCAUUAAUUGUUCUUCAUUGUAAAGAAACGUUGUAAUAAUUGUAGGACUGUACUUCUAAUCCAGAUACACAUUGCUGAAUAUUGGCAAUGUAGAUGGGAUACAUUUCAACCUGAAUCAAAUUGAAAAAAUAACACAUCAAGCUAAAGCCACUUCAUGUGAAGGCUUUUCUACUAUGACACAUUAUCAAGCUCCAUUUGUCUGCUGUGUCAGCAUUACAUUGUGCAUCGUUCUACCGAAUUGUAAUACACAUCGGCCAGUCUCAUGUCUCUUUUUACUAUUAUUUAUGCAAUAUGACGCCAUUAAAAUCAGUUACAUAUCAAAUGACGUCAUGCACAUAAAUACAGUAACAUAUUGCUUUAUGAUCUUAUUGAAACUGUUGAUCUGAAUAUAGCCUUGACCCAGUUUUAGUAAAUGUCCUCAUUGUCUCCUUUUUGUUACAAAAUGACCUAAUUGUUGUGCCCUUUUUCAAUGUCGCUGUCAGAUGUCUUAUGCGUUUCAUCAUCUUGUAUAUUUAUGCAUACUGUUGCAUAAUGUUAUGUUUUGAGAUUUUAAUUUUGGUAUAUCUGUAUAUUUUCACAUUUUUUAACUUAUUUUAUGCCAUUUUAAUAUUAUUGUUCCCAUGGGUUUAUGUAAGGACAAUCCACUGAACACGCUGUAGACUGCGUCAGUAAGUGAAAUAAAUGAGUGUAUGUGAGGGAGAGUGUGGUGUUUUGUUAACAGAUCCUUAUUAAAAUCGGCUUGAUGGAUCAUUGGUGAUAUAAAUUUUAUUACAACAA